AUGUUACGUUUUGGUGCUAGUAGAAAUAUUUUAUUAAGACGCCUUUCAUUUAGAAAAUUUGGUACAUCUUUGAGAUUAUUUGAUGCCAAUGCGUUUGCAAUGCCUGCAAUGUCUCCAACUAUGGAGAAAGGUGGUAUUGUUCAGUGGAAGUUUAAGGUUGGUGAACCUUUUUCAGCUGGUGAUGUUCUACUAGAGGUCGAAACGGAUAAGGCUCAGAUUGAUGUCGAGGCUCAAGACGAUGGUAAAAUUGCCAAAAUUAUCAUUGGUGAUGGUGCAAAAGAUGUUCCUGUUGGUGAUACUAUUGCUUUUCUUGCAGAAGUAGACGACGAUUUGUCUACUUUGAAAAUACCAGAUGUUACUGCCGCACCAAAAAAGGAUGCGGCACCUAAGACAGAACCUCUUUCUAAACCUAUUUCCAAGCCUGUGGAAAACCCAACUGAGGUGAGGUCCAAUGAAACUGUAUCUAGUGCCGCAACUAAGAGUGCUGAUAUGAAGCAAGUUCUUUUACCUUCUGUGGCGAUCGAGUUGUCCUUGAAUGGGAUAAAGAAAGAAGAUGCACUAAAAAAUAUUAAAGCUACUGGUACCAAGGGUAGAUUAUUAAAAGGAGAUGUUCUAGCAUACGUGGGUAAAAUCAACAAGGACUCACCUUCUAAAAUAGCAUCUUACAUUGAAAAGGGUGAAAAGUUAGACUUAAGUAAUAUAGAAUUGAGAGAACCAGCUGUUCAAGAAACUAAAGAAUCUACAAGUAAGGAAUCUACAAAAAUGGUGAAAGAACCAAUUAUCCUAAAUGAAUAUAUAGCUUUGCGUGCGAAACCUGGUGCUUCUCUAGAAAAGCUGGAAUUGGCAUUAGGACAAUAUUUAGAUUCUAUGUUUCAAAAAGCUCAUAAUGAUACUUUAGUCGACACCCGUUCUCAAUUUUAUGACCCUAUAUUCGAAGAUUUAUUAUCAAUUGAAUCUAACAAGCCAAGAUUUACUCUCUCUUACGAGCUAAUAGAAUUAGAAAAUGAAGAUAUACCAAGUAGAAGAAGCAGAGCUUCUGAAGCUGAUAUUUUUGAUUUAUUGUCUAAUGAAACUCCUGCUUCACAGGUAAAUGAAAAGAGUAAUAAUAAUGCAACUGAAUUUGUUGUGUCUUUAAGGGUAGAAGUGAAUGACAAGUACCCAGACUCCAUGGAAAGAGCUCAAAAAUUUGUCUCUUAUAUGAAACAAUUGCAAUUAUGA